AUGGCGGGGCAGACGACCGGCAAUCAGCCUUUCAACCCAUACCUUUCCAACGCACAACAGGAACUGCUUCUUGCCGCAUUGGCUUCAAACAACCCAUCUACCAAUCGCGACAAAUCCAAGCCUUCUACCGACAUGAACCCUCUCGACUUCGACGACACCAGCCCUUAUCUCGAGUACCUGGAUGGCGACACUAGCUUCGAUUUCGACGCUUCCGAUCUUGGCGGCCAACACAUGUUCGACAACAUGGGUAGCAAUGCCAGUAACAAGUCCGACUCGACUGAUGGUGACAAGCCUGACAAGCGUAAGAGCCCGGAAGAAAAUUCACCAGAGGAUGAGGUCGACGCCAAAAGAAGAGAAGGUGAACCCAAGGAAGCCAAGAAGCCUGGUAGAAAACCUCUGACUUCGGAGCCUACUACUAAACGCAAGGCUCAGAACAGAGCUGCUCAGCGUGCUUUCAGAGAACGUAAAGAAAAGCACCUCAAAGAUCUUGAAACCAAAGUCGAGGCUCUUAGCAAAGCUCAGGAACAGGACAAGCAUGAAAAUGGUAUCCUCCGUGCACAAGUCCAGCGUCUGCAAACCGAACUCGGCGAAAGCAACAGCAAUUCUCAAACCGACUUCCAGUUCGACUUCCCCAAGUUCGGUGCGCUUCCCGGCAACCAACUUUUCGGAAACAAUAUCCAAUCUGCCCGUGAGAAGACUGUUAGCCCACCUGCAGGUCCUACUGCCACUCUACCGAGAUCGAACAGCAUGGGCAGAAACCCAAGUCCUGGAACUCAAAUCAGUAACCACCAGAUGACCUCAGGCAACAACUCUAGAAGUGGCAGCAUGAACAAGGGAACGAACAGUCCCCUUACUCAAGUAUCGGCCGUUGGCACCACUUAUGGCGACUUGUUCAGUCCAUCUACUCUUGGAAACCUCAACAACGACUACUUGCAAAGCACCAACAACAACAACGAUAACCACGCGUUUGCUCAGUACGCCGACAACGGCACUGACAGCACUAGUGGCAUCUCUAGAGUCUUCAGAUUCAACAGUGGUUCUGGCUCUGGCACAAACUCCAACCAGUCGCCUUCGGUGCCUUCUUUGACACACUACAACACUAAUUCGUGUAACACAUCUUCAUGCGGAACCUCUCCGGAAUCCGCAAACUCUCCUCCAUCCGAUGUCAACAAGUCGGGUGUCAACGACUUCAACGACAUGUACUCUCUCAAGCCCGUCACCUCUAAUUACACACAAAGUAAGCUAGCAGAGAUUAUGAUCGCUCUGCCCAUAUCUGACUUGACUUCAGAACCAGCCCAGAACGACGCAAUUACUAACGCUUCAACACCUGGCUUUGACUGGCUCGCCACACAGAACAAUGGCCAAUUUGAUCCCGUCCUCUUUGGUGAUUACCGCGAGAGCCAAGAUGCCAUUGUCGGCGAUGGUGACUUCAAUAGCGGUUUCUUCGAGGCCGCCUUCCCUUAUGAUCUGAACACACCCUUCGCCAUGACCGACUUCUCUUCUCCCAAGACCGCCCAGCAAACCUCGGCAAGCGCAAACUUGCUGGCAGAAGUUGAGAAGUGUCGCGAGGGUGGUGAUGAUGACAUCUACUUGCCAAAACAGGAGUCUAUUCAGCAAAGCCAGAACGAGAUGAGCUUAAAGUCUGCCGAGCAGAUGCUCAAUUGCAACACGAUUUGGUGCGUGGAUCCUCUUAACAACAAUGCUUACAUCGACACUAACACCUCCCCAAGGUCGCAAUUACAAUCCAACCAGGACUUCAAGGAGGGCAAGUUCGAUCUCGACAACCUCUGUGCCGAGCUUCGUGCCAAAGCCAAGUGCUCAGAGUCUGGUGUCACCGUGCCAUCGGAAUAUGUGGAUGCCGCCUUCAAGAAGCUGUCGGGAACCAAUGAACAGCCUCCUCUCGACGACUACCAUGCCACACAUAACCAAAAGGGUAUUGAUUAUCUCUUCAAUCAAUACUCUGUUGAUGAAGCACUCAAGAAGUUAGCAGGUCAACGAUGA